UUUGCGGUGGCCGGGGCGGUCAGCACCGCAUUGCCGCCUCCUUCUCACCCGCCUCACGAAAAGGCAGGCAAGGCAAGGCCAACCCGUCCCCUCCCUCCUCCGUUGCUUCAGUUCGUCCGUUCCAUUCCAUCCCAUCCCCUCAUCUAAUCCUCUGCUUCCUCGACCCCGGCCUGCAAAUCUCCAGCCGCAGCGGUGCCUGAGCAUCUCUGCCCAAAGGAGGAAAUUUUAGCGAGAUUGAGAGAUCCGGAGGAUGCCUUCUAGGGCCAUGAACCGGCUGUUCGUCGAGUCCGCCUCCGGCAGCGGCGGCUGCCGGGACGCCGAGCCGGUGCUCUGCGCGCCUCGCCCGCGCAGGGUCCAGGUCCACCCAUGCAGCGCCGAUCUCAUCCUUGGCCCGCCGCCCUUCCUGCUCAACAAGAGCAGCAAGGAAGGAGGCAGGACCAAGCCUGCGGAGGUGAGGGAGGAGGAGGACGCGGGUUGCUGGGCGGUGUUCGGCGGGUCGCCGCCGGCGCGCGCGGACAACCCGCUGGUGCACGACCCCCACUUCCUGCUCAACCAGCAGCGCCACCCCGCGGCGGACCCGACGCCGCUGGAGCUCGGGUUUUUUGACCACCGGAGCCGCACCAGCUACGUCCACCGCCCGACGUAUAGCAGCAGCAGCAGCAGUAAUAACAGUAACAACAGCAGUUUUGCCCCGUCGUCGUUCGCGCCGGCCGUGAGGAUCCAGGGGUUCGACGUCGCCGCGUGCCGGAGCUCCCACAGCAACGGUGGCAGCCGCGUGCUGUCCGCCCGCGCCUGAGCGAGCUCCGCCCGCGGCGGCGGCGCCGAGCCCGCCCGCCCGCCCGCCCGCCCGCCUUCCCCCCGCCCUGGGAAGAGGAGCAGGAGGAGGAGCAAGUCCUCACAAACCUUGUACAGUUUUCGCCGUCCGGCCGGCCGUCGUACUACUACCACCACGAUGAUGAUGAUGAUGAUGCUACGUGUGCUCCGUUCGUCCGUCUUUCUUGUGGUAUAUACAGCAGCGGGUUUUUCAUUUUUAUUAACAGCAGUUCAGUUCAGAUCAGAAUCAGAAAUAGGCAAGAGGCGACGGGGAGAUUACGACAUCUUCUCCUCUCGCCAAGAAGAGUACAAGUAGAUUGAUGUUCGCCGAUACCACACCACACAGCAGCAGGGAGCGAGCUGAGGGUCAAAGAGAGAAGAAACUGAAAUUCUUUUCCUUUAUAAUUUUUUUUACUGGGUUUUGUCAGCAAGGUUUUCUAAAAGUUUGUGUUUUGUGUUCGUGUUUGUAAACUAGCAUAGCAUGGGUCGAUCGAUCCAUCUCUUGUUCGUUGCUGUGAUCUGGGGGUGGAGCUGUCUGUAGAUAUAAAAUUCAGCACUCAGGUCGGUCAGCGUUCGUGUUCUUGUAGUAGUUGAGAGAAAAAAAAAAAAGAUGUCAGCUUCUCGCUUUGCUUAAGCGAGCGAUGAAGCUACCGCCAUGUAACCAUGGUUGUACUUGCUAGAAACAAUAUGUAUAAAAGAAAUGAAACCGUGUACAUACACAUGAUAUUUAUAUGCAGUGAUCAUCAUCA